AUGAAGGAAAUCCAGACAAUGUUGAAAGAAGGUGAUGAAGAGAUACAUGGUAGGGAGAGAAAUCAUGACGGCGAUGAGAGAAGACGUCGUCGUGGGGGUGGUGAGAGGGAAUGGGAUAGACAUGGUAGGGAGAGAGGUCAUGAUGGCGAUGAGAGAAGACGUGGCGGUGGUGAGAGGGAAUGGAACAGACAUGGUAGGGAGAGAAGUAAUGACGGCGAUAAGAGAAGACGCCAUGGCGGCGGUGAGAGGGAAUGGGACAAACAUGAUAGGGAGAGAACUCAUGACGGUCGUGGCGGUGGUGAGAGGGAAUGGGACAGACAUGGUAGAGAGAGAAGUCAUGACGGCGAUGAGAGAAGACGACGUCGUGGCGGCAGUGAGAGGAAAUGGGGCAGACAUGAUAGGGAGAGAACUCAUGACGGUCGUGAGAGGGAAUGGGACAAACAUGGUAGAGAGAGAAGUCAUGACGGCGAUGAGAGAAGACGUCAUCUUGGCGGUGGUGAGAGGGAAUGGGACAGACAUGGUAGAGAGAGAAGUCACGACGGCGAUGAGAGAAGACAUCGUCGUUGCGGUGGUGAGAGGGAAUGGGAUAAUCAUGGUAAGGAGAGAAGUCAUGACGGCGAUAAGAGAAGACGUCGUGGCGGCGGUGAGAGGGAAUGGGACAAACAUGAUAGGGAGAGAAGUCAUGACGACGAUGAGAGAAGACGACGUCGUGGCGGAGAAGUCAUGACGGCGAUGAGAGAAGACGUCGUCGUGGAGGUGGUGAGAGGGAAUGGGAGUAGAGAGAGAAGUCAUGACGGGGAUGAGAGAAGACGUCGUGGCGGCUGUGAGAGGGAAUGGGACAGACCUGGUAAGGAGAGAAGUCAGGACGAUAAUAAGAGAAGACGUCGUGGCGGCGGUGAGAGGGAAUGGGACAGACAUGAUAGGGAGGAGAAGUCAUGA